UUCAUCAGACUCACAUGUUUCAAAGAGGAGGGGAAGAGAUAGGUGGGACAGAUGAGAGAGUGAGAAAGAAAGAAAAGUAAUAGAAAGACAAAGUCACUGAGUCAGAGAGCUCUCAUGUCAUUUCUAAACAUUUCUAAACAUAGAAGUGACAUUUCAUCAGCUUGUAAAAUUGUCGGUUUGAGCAAAGAAACUCUACUAGGAAGAUUUUAAACCACUGAGGAUCUGAAACAACAAUCCUGGAUUUGGACCUGGAAGACCAUCAGAUCAUGGAGAAUGGCAAAAUAGAGGGUAAACAAUCUUUUCUCUUGAAUCUGAAGAAAUGCUCAAAACUUCCAUCAUGCUUCUGUAUUCACAUAAGUAAUUGAUCAUUAACAGUGACGUCCACUUCAGAGUUCAGGUCUCUUUCUUGUAUAGGUGCAUGUUUCUGUCAGCUUUUGUGUGAUAAAGACUGUGUUUCUGUAUGAAAGUGUAUGUUUGUGUUCUUGCAGGUACAGGUAACGACAUAGAUGCCAUAGACCUUCAGAUGCAGGCAAUGUGGAUGGAGCUAAAAUCAGGAGUUGGAAGCGUGGUCGAAGAUUUUUCCACCCUACGGCAAACCUACAGCCGACUGGAGGAGAAAGUCUCCACCUAUCAGCAAGAAACUAAUGACAAGAUCCUGUCUCUCAGAAACACACUCAACACAAUACAGGAAGACAUGAGUACAGCUCAAACGCAGCUCUCUGAGGUCCGGAGCAACCAAAAAGACCUACAGAGGGACCUGGACCUCAUGCAGAGCACACAAUACAGGAAAGGCUCAAGGGGUUCAUUGGAUGGCCACGCCUCUCUGACCAGCCAAACAGAACUCAGUCUGAUUCAGCAUUACAUCAGUAGCCUGUCAGCCAGUUCGAACUCUUUUCCUGAGCAUGACGGUCAAAAGAAGUCUCCAGUUUGGAGGGAGAAAAAAAACAGCAGAGAUCUGAAAGAACAAAACAACUCUACUAUAACUCAGAGGCAGACGGCAGCGCUGGAGCUUUUGGAGUCUGAAAGAGUGUAUGUGUCAUAUCUCUCACUCCUGUUAAAGGCCAACAUCAGUUUUAACGGCUCAGAGAACAUCAACCUCAAAGAUAAACGGCCUUUUCCUCCAUCUCUGCGUUUCUUGAUUCAGCAGCAUCUGGAACUCCUGCACCUCCUCCAGGAGAGAGUUCUUAAGAGCCACUGGCAAGGCAUCAUGGGAGAUGUAUUUUUAAGGCUUACUAGCAAAGAAAGCGAUUUUCUGGACCAUUAUGUAUCGUAUCUACGGGACUUGCCAGAAUGUUUGACGGUUGUUAGUCUGUUUUCCUCUUCAAAAUCAGGCAGCUUACUGGAGAGUGACAUCACAGGGGAUGAGACACGUCCAUCGCUGCACUCUCUGCUUUUACAGCCUGUCCAACGUAUCCCAGAAUACCAUACACUCCUGCAGAGUCUUCUGCAGCAGACAGAGUCAGAGCAUCCAGACUAUUACCUGUUACUCGUGUCUGUGCAACAACUUCGAACUUUCAUGACCCAGUACAGCCAUUUACUGCAACACAACCAGGAGCUCCUCACACACGGUCAUGCCCUGCGUGAAAACACACAUAACCUGUGUACACACCAACAGGAGCGCCCCUCACACACCCGAAAAGAGCUAAGCAGGUCUACAGUGAGACAGCUGUAUAAAGUUGACUAUGAGAAAAAUUACAGCAGCAACAGUGCACAAAAUGAUCCCUCUCGACGUAACAAACGCUACCCUGACUAUGAAGCGGUACCCUAUCGCUAUGAUCCAGAAAUCCCAUCCCCUGUCUCCUUCCUGUCCGACUCUGACUCUCGCCACAAAGCUGUCUCAGUUCCUCUGCGCAGCAUUCCAGAGACGGAGGGAGCAGGAUCUGCCCUCUCUGAUGCACUGGGUACACUCUUUCCCUACGGAACUGGAGACUAUCGCUGCUCAAGCCCGUCUCAUUCCUCUGACUCCAGCAUUGAUAUUGCCUUUGUGCGCUGUAGUCCUUCCAGUAGCCCACCUCGACAAUCCCACAGUAGGGGACGAAGUGCUGGGGGUGUUGUUUAUAGGCCCAACAGGACCUGUGUGUCACCUGACUCUGCAGACAUUGUGAGACCACGCCCUCUACAGGCAGUGCAGAGAAAGAGCAAAUCACUGAAUGGCCUUCAAAUGGACAGUAUUGAUAGCCACACCCACCAGAUGAAAAACCCCACCCACCCGAGGCUGGAGCGUCAAUCAAGUGGCAAAUCAAGACUGAGACCCAGCAGUCCAAAACACAGAUACGAGACACACACUGACACAGAGGAGCCGCCACGACUAACAAAUCAAAAGGAUCCUAGAAGCCUGGUGUGGGAGGAGCUCAAAUUGAGGGGUGUGUCUGAUGACUAUGACCACUCCCCCUUGAGUGAACGUGGUAGGAAAGAAGGAAAAGGAUUUAGGAACUCCUUCAAAAAGCUCUUUAAGAAAAAGUCUGGUGGUGACGGAAAGGAAAAGGCAACAGUAAAAGCUGAGUGUCAGAGCAGUGGAGAUCUGGAGUCCACCAAAGCCCCUCACACAGGAGACAUCGACAGAGGAACUGCUGUCUAAACUGAUUUGCAGUAGUCGUUCUCAACUGGUUUUGCUUCAGGGCACAGAUUUUACAAUGAACAUCAAGGGGUCACCCAACACACUUUUUGGUCUUUAGUGUUUGGUCUCUAAAUAUCUAUUAAAUGUCAAUAGUUUAAUGCUUUUGACAACCAGCAAUUCAAAGAACAAAACAUGGUCGGCACAAUGCUUAUUCUAGUUGCAAGUAAACCUGUGUUUAACAUGGGUUUCUUUUGUGGUUUAUUACACACAAGCCAUCCAAAUUAGAUAAAUUUGUGCAAAAUACUGUAGAAUUUGAUUGGAAGCAAAACCUUUGCAAUCAGCAACAAAUGGGAAGUGUUUUCUCCUCCCUCUUAGGAUUGUUAGAAUAGGGCUAUGGUUGAGAAGCACUGUAUUUCUCACAAAACACACUCAAAAGAAAAUGUGCUAAAGCUGCUUGAUAAAAUUACUGAAUGUUUCUGACAUAGCACACAAAAUAUUUUGCAUGAUGAAUCAAUUUUCAAUAUAAUUUUGGGAAACAUCUUGCAUUGUUGAUUCAAGUAUAUACUCAAACAUACAAACAAAUAGGCAUACUUAUCCAUCUCUUGUUCAGUUUAUGCUGGGCUGCACUGACAGAAUGCAAAACUAUAUCUGAUAAAAUGAUAAACGAUAUAAUAACUAUUUAAUAAGUCAAUUUAACGUAAUUACAAUAAUUACUCAUAAAUAAAAAUGUUAUAAAUACAUGAUGUAUACUUUCUAAAUAAAAUAAACAAAUAAUAAAACAAUCAAAUGUCACAUGUAUAUACAUUUAAAUGGAACAUAAAUGGGAAUAAAGCAAAAAUAGUAAUAUUUUAAGAUAAA